AUGGAUAUGAACAUGGCGAACCUCGAUGCCAGCUUCUCAGCAUCCGCUCCAGGACCUGUAGCGGCUACAACUCAAGGGUCGAACCCCAAUCCGAUGCCCCAUUCCCAAACUCCAGGGCAUCCAAGCUUCAGGCGACAACGAGCGUCCAGGGCGUGCGAGGUACGAUGCGACGCCGCCAGCCUGGGCGUGCCGUGCACCAACUGCGUUGCCUUCAGCAUAGAAUGCAAGAUUCCGGCGCCGAAGCGGAAAAAGACUGCGGUGGGUAAGACGAAGGAUUCGGAUAGCGACCGCGGUGAGACUCUCGACGAGCGCUCCCCGGGAAACAACUCUCCUGCCACGACCGGUCGACGCGACAGUAUCUAUAACAAUGCCGCCGACGGCACGCCCGCGACCUCCCUGACCGAAGCCCAGUAUAAACAGCGUCAGGACGACGACGGCACGUAUGCGCAGUUUAUGAAGCCGAAGUUCACGAGGGCUCCUAUCAAAGAGGCUGGACGAGUGGCAUACUUGGGAGAGUCGUCCAACUUGACGCUACUGGUUCACGACCGACAUGGUACGGCGGAUGUGGUUCACUACCCUUUGCCGGAAAAUGUCAGGGGAUCCCGCGCCAGGUUGACGGAGCUGGAUAAUGUGGAAAUCGAUAUCCUCCAUCAGAGAGGGGCGUUCUUGCUUCCACCGAAAUCACUGUGUGAUGAGUUGGUGGAUGCGUAUUUCAAAUGGGUUGCUCCGAUUGUCCCGGUCAUUAACCGGAACCGGUUCAUGAAGCAGUAUCGAGAGACGAAGAACCCGCCUUCACUACUGUUGCUACAGGCUAUCCUCCUGGCUGGCUCCAGAGUCUGUACCAAUCCUCAACUCAUGGAUGCGAAUGGAUCCACGACUCCGGCUGCGUUGACCUUCUACAAGCGCGCAAAAGCCCUGUAUGAUGCCAACUACGAGGAUGAUCGAGUUACCAUUGUACAGGCCUUGGUGCUCAUGGGUUGGUAUUGGGAAGGACCAGAAGAUGUUACGAAGAACGUCUUUUACUGGAGUAGAGUGGCUACAAUUGUUGCCCAGGGAUCUGGUAUGCACCGAAGUGUGGAGGGCUCCCAGCUCAACAUAGCCGACAAGAGACUCUGGAAGAGGAUAUGGUGGACCCUAUUCACUCGCGACCGAUCGGUUGCAGUGGCGUUGGGACGCCCAGUACACAUCAACACCGAUGAUUCUGACGUCGAGAUGGUAUGCGAGGACGACUUUAUCGAGGACGACAAUGAUCAACCCCCCGAGUUUCCACCAGACCCUAUGCAUGUUCAGUUCUUCCUGCAAUACGUCAAACUUUGCGAGAUUAUGGGCCUGGUACUCUCUCAACAGUACUCGGUUGCUUCGAAAGCUCGCCGACAAAACGCAAUCGAUCUCACCCACAGUGAUAUGGCCUUGGCCGAUUGGUUGCAAAACUGUCCGCGAGAGGUAUACUGGGAUGCGUCUAGGCAUCACUUCUGGUCUGCUCUGCUUCAUUCUAACUACUAUACUACGCUCUGCUUGCUACACCGCGCUCAUAUGCCUCCAGCUUCGAGUUCGAGAGGUGGUUGCAUUGAGGACAACUCUUACCCGUCCAGGAAUAUUGCAUUCCAAGCUGCGGCUAUGAUAACCUCCAUCAUCGAGAACCUUGGAAACCACGAUGAGCUUCGGAAUUGCCCUGCGUUUAUUGUCUACAGUCUGUUCUCGGCACUUAUCAUGCAUGUUUACCAGAUGCGAUCUUCUGUUCCGUCCGUGGUUCAGGCCACGCAAGAGCGAAUACGCAUCUGUAUGAAUGCUCUCAAAGACGUUUCCAGGGUUUGGCUGGUCGCAAAGAUGGUCUAUACCUUGUUCGAGUCUAUUCUCGGCAAUAAAGUUUUGGAGGAGCGUCUCCAAAAGGCAGCUGGAAAGCGCCAUAGGAAGAUGACUCAAAGCCUUACCCAAGGCAUUAAUCAGGCUCAACUCCAGCAAGCCAACCAACUCAAGAGAGAAGACUCUGGCUCGGGAGCUACGAAGCGAAAAUACGACGAUAUGUCUCUCGAUUUCAAUGUCAACAAUGGGCCGGCUCCACAAGAGUCUUACGAGCGAUCCCGGCCCCAGACACCCAGUCACACCCCUUCUCGCGAACUGGGACACAACAUUGCACCAAUGGCAGCACCUCCUGUCACUUCUCCGCAUACCAGACCGAACGAUGCAUUUAUGGGUGGAUCGAGUUCUCGUCCUCAUACCAGGCCUGCCACCCCGUUCAAUCCUUCUUUCUCUGUCCCAGCUACCCCACCAGAUUUGUACCUUGUUACUCGAAACUCGCCUAACCUUUCUCAAUCACUCUGGGAGAACUUCCAACCCGACCAACUGUUCCCCGAGGGUUCGACAAGCAUGCAGAAUAACCAGUUCUCAUCUCCUCAUUCACAUCAAAAUCUGGAUCCGAACCUCAUGCCGCAUAUGAGCAUGAACCAGAUGCCGAACCAGAAUCAGGCCGCGCAGUUGCCUCAGCGCAUGCGUGGACAAGGCAAUAUGGCUGGAAGUCCUCAGGUAUCAACGCUUAACUUGUCUGGUGGGUUAGGAUAUCAGGUCCAGCCUGGUAUGUGGCAGCAGGGCUUUGAUUCGGGAAUGCAAGAUCCGCAGGGUCAUAGCCCAAGUGAUUCUCUGAGCAAUGCUUCGGCGCAGGCUGUGCCCAUGACGAUGAAUGUCGAGGACUGGUUCCAAUUCUUUGGAAUUAAUGGUGACUUGAGUGGAAUGAAUGGUGACGUGCCUCUUGCCUGA